GGUUUUUAUGUCGAUAAUAAAGAUCGAGUAGUAGUGAUUUUCGAUUGUUUACUGUUUACCAUUUGUUUAUGAUAUUACUGUAAUAAUUUUUAUUGAAUUACUUUUAAAAAUUAAGUUACUUUAAUUUAUACUAUUGUAUCAACUGUCCAAUUAUAUCAUUGUUAUCUGGGUAAAAGCUUAUAAUGGGAAAUGAGAAGAAAGUGGCCCGGAGGAGUAGAAGCAGAGAAAGAGACCGAGAUAGAGAUAGUCGACUAGAUAGAGAUAAUAGACCUGAUAGAGAUAGAGACCGACGGGACAGGGAUCGCGACCGAAGAAGAUCGAGAAGCCGAUCCAAAGAGCGCAGGAAGGAGUUCAAGAAGGAGAGAGACAGAGCAAGGUCUCGCAGCAGGAGCCGAGACAGAGACAAAGAUAGGCAUGGAGGCUACAGAGAUCGACGGGCAUCGCCUGUAUCAGAUCGUAAUUCUGGAUUAAAAAAAGUAGAUGAUGAUUUUAUUCUGAAAAAAGAAGAGCCUCUAGAUGAGGAAGACGAUGUGAAACCAGUAAAAAAGGAGCCACUCUCAUUAGAAGAGCUACUUGCAAAGAAACAAGCCGAAGAAGCUGCUCGCAGCAAGCCUAAAUUUCUCACCAAAGAAGAGAGGGCAGCUGAAGCUCUGAGGAAGAGGCAGGAAGAAGUUGCAAGCAUCAGACAGAGACAAGAUGAAGAGAGGAAAAAACGUGAUGAUUUUGCACGUGAAGCCAAUAGUAAAACUAUGGAAGAAUCAAGACGUGGUGAAGAUUAUAGGUCAGUUUUGAUUGCUGUUGUGGUGCAAUUCUUCGGUAGAGGUAAUGUAGCUGGAAUAGACAUUAAAGCUCAGAAAAGGGAUCAGUCGAAAUUCUACGGAGAAUUGCUCGAAAAGAGAAGAACUGCAGCUGAAAAAGAACAAGAAAAGGUACGAUUGAAAAAGGUGAAGAAAAAAGAAGAAAAACAGCGAUGGGAUGACAGGCAUUGGUCUGAAAAGGCCCAGGAUGAGAUGACAGAAAGAGAUUGGCGUAUUUUCCGUGAAGAUUACAGUAUAACAAUCAAAGGUCAGUUCAGCAAUUCAAUGUUUGAGUUACGCCCAAUCUCCGGUAAGACGCUUGCUUUCCUCAUUCCUCUCAUCAUGUGGAUUCAGUCGCUCCCGAAAAUCGACAGAAUGGAGGAUGCCGAUCAGGGUCCUUACGCCAUAAUUCUAGCUCCCACUCGAGAGCUGGCUCAGCAGAUUGAAGAAGAAACAAACAAAUUCGGACAGCCGCUUGGCAUUCGAACAGUGGUCGUUGUCGGUGGUCUCUCCAGAGAAGAACAAGGUUUCCGGCUGCGAAUGGGUUGUGAGGUUGUUAUUGCUACACCAGGUCGUCUCAUAGAUGUGCUUGAGAACAGAUAUUUGGUUUUGAACCAGUGCACUUACAUAGUACUGGAUGAAGCUGACCGUAUGAUAGACAUGGGCUUUGAACCAGAUGUACAAAAGAUCUUGGAUUACAUGCCGGUUACAAAUUUGAAGCCAGAUAAUGAAGAUGCUGAAGAUGAAGCGAAACUACUAGCCAAUUACAAUUCCAAAAAGAAGUUCAGACAAGUAA